AUGACAUUAGAUUUGACUAUAAACUUAAUUUCCCUACUACAACUUCUUUUCUUGAUUGGCAGAUUGGGAAGAUUACAAGAUAAUAAUGUUGUACUAUCAUAUUUCAACGAGUACUCUGAAAACUGCUAUGUGGAGGUUUUGGUACAUUUUUCCAGAAAUACAAAUAGGGCGUUGAGGUCUAUGAAAACAUAUCUUGACUAUGUUUUUCUAAAGCUAAGGACCAUGAAGUCGAGAAUCUUGGCUGUCUAUCCAUAUGCAUUUCUAAAUGAUUCAGAAAGAAAAGCACUCCACCGUAGACCAGACUUGGAAACACCCUAG